CUGACUCCACUUUAUCCGUUCAUUGAACUCAAACCUCAUUUUUGCUGCUUUUCUUUUCUUCUCUAUACUCUUUUUGCACUCUGAACUGCCUACCAGCAUGAGCAGUUUCAUGGCAAUGGAUAUUUCCAACUCCAUAGCCAAAUACUCUCUACUCACCAACCUCUUCUUCUCUCCCAUGGUGGAAAAUAACUCUCCAACCACACAUACAAUCCCCACCAUGUCCUCUGCUUCUCUUUUUCCACCUUCCACUAAGCUCAAAGGGAAAACAAAAAGUCUUCACAUUAAAACCCACACUGCCCUUUUCAGCUCCACAGUCAGACCUGAAGCUAGCAAAAUGGACAUUGCAGAGGUGGAAGAAGAAGUACAGGUUGAAGUUGCUGAGGGUUACACCAUAACUGAAUUUUGUGAUAAGAUGAUUGAUGUGUUUCUAAAUGAGAAGCCUAAAACAAAAGAAUGGAGAAAGUAUUUGGUGUUUAGGGAGGAAUGGAAUAAAUAUAGAGAGAGCUUCUAUAGUCGUUGUAGAAGACGUGCAGAUGCCGAGAGUGAUCAAACCAUGAAACAAAAAUUGAUUUCAUUGGGGCAAAAGGUGAAGAAGAUUGAUGAAGAAAUGGAGAGGAACGGUGAACUUCUUAAGGAGAUACAGGAUAGUCCAACAGACAUUAACGCAAUCGUUACAAGGCGGCGUAAAGAUUUCAGCGAAGAGUUUUUUCGCUACCUGACCCUACUUUCUGAGACCUUUGAUGGUUUGGAGGAUCGUGAUGAGAUGUCUCGGCUGGGGGCUAGAUGCUUAUCUGCUGUGAGUGCUUAUGAUAACACAUUGGACAUUGUGGAUUCACUAGAUUCUGCUCAGGCCAAAUUCGAUGAUAUCUUAAACUCGCCGUCAGUGGACGAGGCAUGUGAAAAGAUAAACAGCCUUGCUAAGGCAAAGCAACUUGAUUCUUCACUGAUCUUACUGAUAAAUGCUGCUUGGGCAUCGGCUAAGGAGUCCCCUACCAUGAAGAAUGAAGUCAAAGACAUAAUGUAUCGUCUGUACAAAGCCACAAAGAGCAGUCUCAGAAGUAUUGCUCCAAAAGAAAUAAAGCUUCUGAAAUAUUUGCUUAACAUCGCAGAUCCUGAAGAGCGAUUCUCAGCCUUGGCAACAUCGUUCUCCCCAGGAGAUGAACAUGAAGCCAAACAUCCGAAAGCUUUAUACUCCAGUACUCCCAAGGAGCUACUCAAGUGGAUUAAGAUCAUGCUCGACGCAUACCAUCUCAACAAGGAAGAGACUGAUAUUAGGGAAGCCAAGCAGCUGAUUGACCCUGUAGUUAUACAAAGACUCUUCAUCCUCAAAGAAACCAUUGAAGAAGAAUAUUUGGAACGGGGCACAGUUCAAAAGCCACAAACAGAAGACGAUGGCAAGUCAGACGAGUCAUGAGGUGCUGCCCAUAAUUUCACCAUAAAAGCUCCAAAGAUUCUCAAAAAAGUGUUAGGAUUUCUGAUUCGUUGAGCUUUGCAGAACCAAAGAAUCACAUGCUUAUCUGCAGCUUCCUGAGUUUCCUUAGCUCUUAAUAACUCAGGAAUAAUCAGUAGAAACUUUGGUGCCAAUUUUGUAACAUGGGAUGAAUGUGAUUUUUUUUUCUUUCUAUUUUAUAUUUUUAUGUGUAAUAUAGUUGUAUUUUUAGUUUGUUACCAUCAUAUUUACUACUCAUGUCACACAACUAAGCUGUGGCUCAAGUCCGUGGAUGACUUUUAUGCUCGAAAUGAAAGCAAACUAAAGUUAUGAUCGCCCAUAAUGAAAUGACUAAGAAUAAGAUUGGGGUUUCUAUAUGGAUGACAUUGAUUUCUC